UAACGGAGCGGUGGGUUCGCCCAUUCUCCUGCUGUGAGUGACGCGAUCAUCUCCCUUAUCCCUCAACUUUGCCUGUUGCCAGACCAGGCAGCCGAGGCGGACGCUGGCUAUCGCUGCUGACAUUCUGAACGCGAUCACCCCAAAACGUAAAUUAUUUCCCCUCCCACCUCGUUUAUUUAUUUAUUUUUUCCGCUGACUUUUCCCGCAGGCUGCUAUUUCCGUAACGAUGAUUUUUAGUUUUUCUUUCCAUCGGACUCCCCGAUGUUGUGCAGUCUACUACACGAAGGCGUGAAUCUUUUUUUGAGUAGAGGUGGAUCUUCCCGGAUACGGCGAGGGGGCAUAUUAAAUUAGGGAAGAAAAAAAAAGAAGAGUUUCACGGAAAUCCCCACAAAUAAACAUGCCGCGGAGGAAACAAGACGCGCCCAAGCGCGCAGCAGCCUAUUCUCCCGAGGAGCUGACAGAGCACACUAUGGAGGAUGAGGAGGCGGAGGCAGACGACCUGCCCUCAGCCCCUCAGGAUGACCCCCCCAUGAAAGAUGAGUUUGUGGAGCAAAGUCUCGGUCCGGCCAAGGAGCAGGCAUGUGACCAGGAAUCAGCUGGUGCCGCGGAGCUCUCAGGACAAGAGAUGGACAGUGAGUCACAUAUGAGCGAGACAAGUGACCGUCUCUCAGAUUUCGAGAGCCCCUCCAGAAAAGCCGAGGGCAACUUGGUCACAGCACCUCUGAAUGGUGGCACUAAAACCCCUCCCAUAGGCAUGGACACCUUAGAACAAAUGAAGGUUAUCUACUCCAGCUUCCUGACCGGCCCCUUGUGGUCACCCCUUAACUUUAAUUCCACACCGCCACAGGCGCAGGCGUCGGCUUCUACGGAGAAGCCAGCUCGCAGCAACAGCACCAGUAGCAGUAGUAGCUGCAGCAGCGGUAGCUAUGACUGGCACCAGUCUGCAGUGGCAAAGACACUACAACAGCAUCCUCCCCAGAGCCGUCACCCUGCUCACUCUGAGCCCAGCCUCUUUAGUACAGUCCAGCUCCACAGGCAAAACCCAAAGCUGUUUGGCUCAAUCUUCACUGGGGCCAGUAAAUUCCGCUGUAAGGGCUGUAGUGCUGCUUAUGACACCCUGGUGGAGCUGACAGUUCACAUGAAUGAUACAGGCCACUACCGCGAUGACAACCAGGACAGGGCAGGCAGCGGCGCAAAGCGCUGGUCUAAACCACGUAAGCGAUCCCUGAUGGAGAUGGAAGGGAAGGAGGAUGCCCAGAAAGUUUUGAAGUGCAUGUAUUGUGGCCACUCCUUUGAAUCGCUCCAGGACCUCAGUGUCCACAUGAUCAAGACCAAACACUACCAGAAAGUGCCUCUGAAGGAGCCCAUGGCCCCUGUGGCAGCCAAAAUCAUGUCUUCUAAGAAAAGGGGACUCGUGGGGUUGGACCUCAUUACCUCACCACGUUCGAGAGAAGGAACCCCCAAAGCUAAGCACCCACAGGCAGACCUGAGUGAACACUCACAGAAGCCCUCCUCCAGCCCCUACACUACCCCUAAUAACCGCUACGGCCACCAGAACGGUGCUAGCUAUACUUGGCAGUUUGAAUCCAACAAAUUUCAGAUCCUCAAGUGUAUGGAGUGUGGGAGUUCCCAUAAUACACUGCAAGAGCUGAGAACCCACAUGAUGGUGACAGGACACUUCCUGAGGGUGACCAGCUCUGUGGGGAAAAGAAUCAAAACACUUCCUGAGGCCACCUCCCCCAACCCUAGGAGGGUUAGCACACCUACUGAACAGAGGGUCCAGUCUGUCCCACUCGCACCCUCCACCUUCUCUCCUCCACCUCUUCAAACUACGACAACUUCCCCGGCUACCUCCCCUCCUCUUAAAGAAAUCAAAAAGGAGGAGGUAGAGGAGGAGUGCACUAAGCAAGAGGCUGUUGGGAACGAGAAGCAAGUUUCUGCUUCAGUUGGGAAGGAGGAGGAUGCUGAGAAGGAGGAAAAAUAUGACAUCUCAAAGUAUAGCUACCUUACUGAAGAGGACCUGAAGGAGAGUCCUAAAGGGGGCUUUGAUAUUCUCAAAUCACUGGAAAACACUGUGACGUCAGCCAUCAACAAGGCACAGAGUGGGAAUCCAAGCUGGGGUGGCUAUCCUAGCAUCCAUGCAGCCUACCAGUUCCCCAGUGCCCUCAAGCUCCAACAGGGCAGCAUGGAAAAGAAUUCCCCACUGAAGUUCUUGUUCAACGGAGGGGAUGGAGCAUUGUCCUCCCUUUCCAAGAACCUGCCCCUCAUUUCCCCACCUCUUAGUCAGUCCUCCCCCUUCCCCAGCAACAACUUCCAGGCAAUGGAGGAUUUAGUGAAAAAAGUGACUGAGAAAGUAGCAAAAGUAGAACAAAGGGUGAAGCAGUUGUCUCCUAAGAUGGAGAACCACCUCUCUCCCUGUAGCAGUGAGGCUGGAGAAUCUCUUAAGGGAGGAGAGGCUGACUCACCUCGGGAAUGGAGGGCAGUCACCCCAGCCAAUAGCGACCGGGGAAGCCAUAGCGACAGAGCAUCCCCGGCAACAGAACCCAAGAGAGAGACAGCAGUCAAAUCCCAGCUCGCCUCUACGUUGAGAUGCAGUUCUGCCAUUAUCACUGGCCAUACUCCUCCAGAGCAGCCCUUUGUCAACCCUCUAAGUGCUCUUCAGUCAGUAAUGAACAUUCAUUUGGGGAAAGCAGCCAAGCCCUCCUUGCCAAACCAAGAUCCCCUGAGCCUGCUCUCCAGACUUAGCCAGAGCAUGGCUGAGAGGGCUGCUGUGGCCGCUCCUCCCUCACAGACCAAAAAGCCGGAAAGUGUAGUUGAUAAUAGCUUUUGCCAGCCCAGUGAUGACCAGCCUAUGGACCUCACAAAAGGGAAAAGCGAUAGAGGAGGUUCUUUAGGCUCAGCUCCCCUAACCCCUUCAUCCACAGCCUCCUCUAUCUCCCCCUCCUCCCUUAUCACUCCUGCAAAGCUAACAGUGGUCUCUCCCUACACAUCCAGCAGCCCUCUGCAUGAAAACGCAUUGUCAGACAUCUCAGACAUGCUGAGGAACCUGACACAGUCCCACCAUGUCCCAAAGGCUCCCUCGCGGUCCCGGGUCACAGACAAAGCCGAGAUCGUGGGCUCUACUCACGACGACGACGACGUGUCCCUGCACGGCCACAAACGCAAAGGCCGUCACUCCAACUGGAACCCCCAGCACCUCCUCCUCCUGCAGGCCCACUUUGCCUCGAGCCUGAGGCAGACAUCAGAGGGGAAGUACAUCAUCAACGACCUCAGCCCACAGGAGAGAAUGCAUGUGUCUCGUUUCACAGGCCUCUCCAUGACCACCAUCAGCCACUGGCUGGCUAACGUCAAGUACCAGCUAAGGAGAACUGGCAGAACCAAGUUCCUCAAGAACCUGGACUCCGGUCAACCUAUAUUCUUCUGUAGUGACUGUGCCUCACAGGUCCGCGCCCCAGCAGCGUAUGUAUGCCACCUGGAAGCCCACCUUGGGUUCAGAAUCAGGGACCUGGCCAAGCUGUCCCCCAAACAGACUGUCAGGGACUCCCACACUCUCACAGAGAAACUAGUGCCCCUGGAGUCCUUGCUAUCUCCACAAUCACAAGAUGAGUGCAGUGGAAAUGGGGCAGUGUACCGCUGCCAGCUCUGCGUCCGUAAAUUUGCCACUAAGCACGCCAUCAAACUUCACCUCAGCAAGAGCCAUGGGAAGUCUCCAGAGGACCAUCUGCUAUAUGUGAGCGAAGUAGAGAAACACUAAAUUACUCUCAGCAGUAGACAUACUGUAAAAAAACAUGUGUAGAAUGGGUGGUAAGCGAGAAAAAAAAAAAUCUAAACAGAAUAUUUGAAAGUGUGGUAAUGCACAAGGAUGGCAUGGACUACUGUUAAAAAUGUCAGCACAAUGUGUUUACAUCGAUUCAGUCUAUAAACAUUUCUAAUUUCUCUGUAUUUCAAAAGACAUUUAUUUCACAUCAAAAUAUACUGUAGGUCAAAGAUAUUCAGCCUGAUUUGUUGUUAGCUUUGUUGUCUUCCUCACUCUAUGUACACCUUUUGGUAAUGUGAGACAACAGAGGACCGAUUAUUUCAUGAUUAUGGUGAAUCUCUUGACUAGAAGGUCAGCUAAUAACUUGAAAUGUAUUAACUUUAUUGUAUUUAUUUUGUAUUUUUGUGAGUUUGGUUUUGAUUUGCUGGUAGACUGCAUGUUCAACAAGUGUUACUGUUACAUUUGUACAGUCCUGUCCUGUCCAGAUUUUAAAAUGCUCUUUCAAACUGGUCAUUUUUUAACACAUAUAACAGCCAAAUGCCUGGGAAAGCUACUUAAAAGAAUCUGCGAAACAGCAAAAGUUCAUUGCUUGUUUUUUAUAGUUUUCUCUGUACAGCCUAUUGAUUUCCUUGCUGAUUGUAAAAGUUGCCUUGUUCUUUAUCAUUGAGUAAGGGGCACUUAAAAUCCAGGUCUGUGUAAAAAUGUAUAUAUAGUGUAUAAGCUUACAACUUUGCUGUUUAAAUUAUGCAUACUUGUUAUAUUUCCUAAUUUAAGAGGACUAUGACUAUCCACUGGUGCAGAGCCUUUGAAGAAGAUUAAAAGGACAUUGUUUUGCACAAUAGUUUUAUAAAUGUUAUUUGAUUAAAAAAACAACAAUACAAAUAUGUUAAUGCCUUGUGCUUCUAUGAUUAAAUUGAAUUAACUGCUGCAUAAAA